AAAAAAAAAAAAAAAAAAGCUUUCUCAAAUCUGUCUCGUUCCGACAAAAGCUGUUGUACUUGAAGCUUACGCGCAAUCGCUUACAUAUUCCGAGAAGGCGCGUGAGAUUCCCUCGCCGUCUCCUCCAACAAGAAAAUCUCACACUCACACACCAAACCCCUAACUCCGACUAUAAAAACCUUUCAGAUCUCUCUCUCCCUCGAGCCACUAACAACACUUUCUCUCUACUUCACUAAUCUCCAUCAAAGGCGGUAGCAAUGUCAGCCACCGCAUCUUCCGCGAUCUCCGUCGCUACCAAGCCCCUCAAGAGCUUGUCCCUCUCCUCCAGAUCGCCUCUCCCAUCCGCCGCUUCCGUCGCUUUCCCCACUCCUCGCCGCCGUCUCGUUCUCGUGGCGUGCACAGCCGGAGACGGAUCCAAGCCCACGAUCCUCGUCGCCGAGAAGCUCGGUGAGGCUGGUGUGAAGCUCUUGGAGGAUUUCGCGAAUGUGGACUGCUCUUACAACCUGACUCCCGAGGAGCUCAACACCAAGAUCUCUCUCUGCGAUGCGUUGAUCGUUAGGAGUGGGACUAAAGUUGGACGUGAGGUGUUCGAAUCGUCUCGUGGGAGGCUCAAGGUUGUUGGACGCGCUGGUGUUGGGAUCGACAACGUGGAUCUGAGCGCCGCCACGGAGUUUGGAUGUCUUGUCGUUAACGCGCCGACGGCUAACACGAUCGCUGCCGCUGAGCAUGGGAUCGCGCUUUUGGCCGGCAUGGCCAGGAACGUCGCACAGGCUGAUGCGUCUGUUAAGGCUGGUGAGUGGAAGAGGAACAAGUACGUAGGUGUUUCACUUGUCGGAAAGACACUUGCAGUGAUGGGAUUCGGGAAAGUUGGGACUGAAGUUGCUCGUCGUGCCAAAGGUCUUGGCAUGCGUGUCAUUGCUCAUGAUCCCUACGCCCCAGCAGACCGUGCACACGCCAUUGGUGUUGAUCUAGUGAGCUUCGAUGAAGCCUUGGCAACCGCGGAUUUCAUUUCUCUGCACAUGCCUCUUACGCCAGCAACAUCGAAGAUACUCAACGACGAAACGUUUGCCAAGAUGAAGAAAGGAGUUCGUAUUGUUAAUGUUGCACGUGGAGGUGUUAUAGACGAAGACGCGUUAGUGAGGGCUCUGGAUGCGGGUAUUGUUGCUCAGGCUGCACUUGAUGUGUUUACUAAAGAGCCACCGGCUAAAGAUAGUCCUUUAGUGCAGCAUGAGAGGGUUACUGUGACACCUCAUCUUGGAGCUAGCACAAUGGAAGCUCAGGAAGGAGUUGCUAUUGAAAUUGCCGAAGCCGUUGUUGGAGCUUUGAAUGGUGAGCUUGCUGCUACUGCAGUCAAUGCACCUAUGGUUUCUGCUGAGGUUCUGACCGAGCUGAAACCAUAUGUGAUACUAGCCGAGAAGCUAGGGAGACUAGCGGUGCAGCUAGUUGCUGGAGGAAGCGGCGUGAAGAACGUGAAGGUCUCGUACACGUCAGCACGAGCCACAGAUGAUCUAGACACAAGACUUCUACGAGCCAUGAUCACCAAGGGAAUCAUCGAGCCAAUCUCUGACGUGUAUGUCAACUUGGUCAACGCAGAUUUCACAGCCAAGCAGAGAGGUCUGAGAAUCUCAGAGGAACGUGUGCUCUUGGACGGGUCACCAGAGAACCCGUUGGAGACGAUAACCGUCCAGCUAGGCAACGUGGAGUCAAAAUUCGCGAGCUCGUUGUCCGAGUCAGGAGAGGUGAAAGUGGAAGGAAGGGUUAAAGACGGAGUCCCGCAUUUGACGAAGGUUGGAUCGUUUGAGGUUGAUGUGACUCUUGAAGGUAGUAUUAUACUGUGCAGGCAGGUGGAUCAACCGGGUAUGAUAGGGACGGUGGGGAGUAUACUUGGAGAGUCUAACGUCAAUGUGAACUUUAUGAGCGUUGGAAGAAUAGCACCGAGGAAGCAAGCGAUCAUGGCGAUUGGUGUAGAUGAUCAGCCAAGCAAGGAGACGCUUAAGAAGAUUGGGGAGAUCCCUGCGGUGGAGGAGUUUGUUUUCCUCAAGGUCUAGUUUGCUGUGUGGUGUUGUUGAUGAUUGAAUCUUGAAUGUGAGGAGUUUUUAUGAAGGGUUUUGAGUUUGUUUGGUUAAGGCAAUAAUGUUAUCUUAUGGCUUCAUAACAAAGUUUUGAUAAUAAUGUUAUCUGUGGAUCUUGAAGUU